UGCAUAUCCACUUCAGUGGUUGAAGGAGAAGGUUGUGUUUUAUGUGGUUAUACUAAUUUUUAGUGACAAUACUGAAAUGUUUUUUAUGUAAACUACUUUCGAUAAAGCAAUUAAAUUUUCUAGGAUUUAUUGAAAUUGUAAACUGUUAAAAUGAAUAUUUAUUUUACGUUUAUGACAGAACUUCAUUAAAGAAUCUGUUCCCUCUUCAUCGGAACAGUAGUCAGCUGAUCAGUCAAAACUGCGAAGUCAACAUGUCACGUCAGAACCCGGACCGCAGCAUCCCUCAUCUCCGCGACAUCUUCGGUUUUCAUAAUUCCUGGGAAAAUCACGCGCAAAACAAUGUUGACGUUUUGCAACAUCAAUUUCAGGACAUGCGUCUUAACAAAGGAGAUGCCAACAACAAAUCGUCUGCGGGCAACGAUAGCGCUGUUUCAGUAGGUUCUACGAGUGAGGAAGAAAUACCAAAAUCUUCGUCCAAGGAGAAGAAGAAAAAACAGCGCAAUAGUCGACGCGACAAUUCUAGGACCCUCACUGAAAGAGAUGUGAAACAUUUGGAGCGUCAUUUGUCAAUGAAGAAAACAAUUCGUAAAAAAAUAAUGCGAGAUCUUCAGCAGGCAUUUGUCGAGGACCCCAACGAAUUUCGCGUGGAAGACAUCCCUCCUGAAAAGCUGAAGGCUGAAAUUAAUGUAGAGAGUUUAAGUUUUGGACCACCAUCGAAUAAAACCGGCAAAAAAAUGAGUCCCGAAGCUAAUUUCUUGGAUAUGCUUCGUAGCGGUGGCGGAGGAGGUAAUAACAAUCCUUCCACUCCUAGCGGACGUUUCGUGAACGACGAUGAUGACUCGGGCCACGGUUCCCCAACGCGUGAAUCAGGAGGUCGCCUGGUGGACUGUGACGAUGACGACGACAUCUAUGAGGCAGAAUCAGCAAACAAGAAGACUAGUUUCUGGCGGCGGAAUCGCGAUGUAGCUAGUCAAGUGGGAAAACAGAAAUAUUUGACAAUGAUUUUAUUCAUUGAUGAUUCAACCAAUUUA